AUGUAUAACAACGAAGACAUUGUAAGUACAGCCGAAAUUGAAUCGAGCCAGCACUUGAAGAACCAAGACGAGGCGCGCGCUAAGUUUCGGUGGCUCAGCAGAACGCUACUUGCUGCUUGCUACUUGACAUUCAAGAUUGUCCGUCCGGCCGGCUCUUUGGGUCAAGAAUCGAUUCUGUCGGUCUACCUGAUCGUGCAUCGUAUAUCCUCCGGCUUCUCCAUAGCAAUGAAAGGAUCGCGACGUGGAAGAUGGGUCGGAUCUCAAAUCGAAACACAGGUAUACCGAUUACCGCAUCGUUUCACCAUGAGACAAGGAUUACGGUGGAGUUUGAGUGGUGUAGAGACUCAAAACACCACGCCAAGCAUUGCGUCUAGAUCUACUUUUGCCACCUCACUACCGAAAACUUCCGUCGAGAUAUCGUCUGCGUGGAGGUUGGAUAAGAGUGUAGCUGAUGAUCCCUGGAUGUACGAGCUAGAGGAAGCCAUGGCUGAAAUCGACCAAGAGAUAGAAGCCGCCCCACGAGCAAGCGCUUUUGGGGAUCCCCUGUUAACAGCAUCCCAAAGAGCUGCGGAGAGGCCUCAUGACACCUCCGCAGAUAUUGGGACAAUGCACGGAGGUCAAGACAACUCUUCACAGAUGCGAAACACUAUCGGAUGGAUAGAUGAAGAAUCAUCGCAUCAAACUCAAACAGCGGGACAGGCGUUACUCGUGGACCCCAAGCCCUUCCGCUGUCUCUGGUGCAAUGACAAAGCCCGUCACAAGUCUCUCGAAGGUUUCUUCGCCGUAUUCAAGCUGUUUGAAGAAGGCUCAAGAGACACAUGGCGAGUCACGGACAUACGAAACGGUCGACCGGCUAGGGAAGCUCUCAAACCGCGUGCAUGUGACGCGCACAAAGCCACACUUGCUAGAUUGCUGUUAGUCCUUUGGGACCCUGUUGGUGUGACGCAUCUCGGCGGUCACGGCGACAGAGAAAGAAAGGAUAUCAGGGAUCCAGGACCGGCAUCCUUGCCGACAACUGAAGAUUUGAAAUGGUAUGACUCCACAAUCAAUCCUUCUCAAGGUUCGAGUGUUGCCGCCGAUUCUACCCCUACACAAGGUCUAAGUGAAAUAAUGGCUUUCGACAUCAACAUCUGGCACGACGAUGGAAUCGAAGGCGAUUGUCAGCAAACCGAAGAAGUUUACGAUAUCCCAGCAAUCCCGUUGUAUGAGGAAAUGAAACUCUUGCCUGGCCAAUAUGCCCCAGACGAAUGUCUUUUCUGCGAAAAAAAAGGGGGAACGGUCGACGUCGGCUUAUCGAUCUGGACCCUGCUACUGUGCACCAAGACAAGUCAGUGGUUCAAGCCCUACCUUACUGACCGCACCGACGAAAUUGAAGGCGCUCAAGAGUUCCGCGUCUGCGAUAAACACAGAGAGUGGAUAUCACACCCUCAGAUUCUGGACAGCUUGCGGGAAGGUCCGCUCUACCUAGGAAACGGAAGAGGGUGGUUCAGCAUUCUCUUCCAGCAUGUUCCGGGAGACUCCGUUGUCAAGAUGCCUCAGCCAUCCAUUGAAGAAGCAGACUCCAUCGCAAAGCUGUCUCAGUGUCUCACCGAAGAAGCAGAUUCGAGCGAAUGGACAGCGCCACCAACUUCCGUCUCAUUAUCAAAGGAUGGGAGCGAGAGUGUCUCCUUGGUACAAAGUAUCGCUACUGUGGCGGAUCGCGGCAGAUAUGGGAACUACCAUAUUCUCAGGCCAUUGAGCGGUAUCACAUACGAGACUGGACCAAAGGAUCAACUCAGGUGCUCAAUCUGCUCCCAGCCUGCCGACUUGAGAAAGAAUAUACUAGCUCUCCUCAUCCCUUUAGAGUCGUCAGAAGAUCGUGGAGGCGAUUUGCCUGAAGAAGCACGAACUUCGAUAAGUCUCAAUGUGGAGUAG